AUGCACCCCAAUGUCCAAAACAACUAUGCGGCGAUGAGUCAGCAAUGUGCUGAUGUUCCCAGCCAGAACUUGGAGGUGAGGACUUCUAUUGCCGAAUCCUACGGUGUCAGGCUCCAUGCACGAUGGGCGCGCCAGGAGCCCUGCGCCAUCGUAGAUGGAGGCACCCGGGCAUGGGGCUUGCAGGCCGCCGCAACUGCAGACGCUCGGCAAAAUGUGGAGGUGCUUUCCGGCCGCUUCUCCAAUCUAUUUUCCCAGCUGGCCAGAGAAGAGGCUGCGUUGAAAGCUGCGCUCUCUAACAACGAGAGCUUGGAGCAGCAGCUGCAGGACUUUCGUCGCCAGGAUCCUCGGGGAAAGCUGAGCAAGGCCGGAAGCUACUUCGAUGGGGAGGUGGCAGAACUCCGGGCUGAAGCUCAAGCAGCCGAGCAUCAGGCGGCACUGCAGGGCGGUGAGGACCGGCGCUUGGCAGGUGCCUUGGCAGCGGCACAGGCAACCUACCAUCGCCAGUGCGCUCGCCUCCAGGAGAGGUGCCAGGCGGAAGCGGCUCAAGAGCGCAGUGCAAUGGAGACCUUCCGCCAGAGCGCCUCAGAGCUGGCCCACUUGAAGUCGGAUUGCUCCCAGCUGACUGCCCAGCUGGACACUGCGGAGGCCCAGGGCUCUUCGGCAGCUGACCUCGCCCAGCGACAGAGCCUCCACCGAGAUCUGCAGCUCGCCAAGGAAGGUGAGAAGCAGAUGUCCGAAAAGACCAUCGAGCUACGGCAAAAGCUGGCAGAUGGAAAGGCACUGAAGAAACAUGCAGAAACUCUACAAAAUGUCUUGCUUAACAUUUUCACGGUUUCAAGCAUGGCCGGCUUCAGUUUCAUAGCUUUCCAAGAUGAUGAUGGGACUGCUCGGCGCUGUCAGCACUGA